AUGAAUCCAGAAUUUAGAAAGAAAUUUUCAUAUGAGAUAUCUGAAUGGAUGCGGUACAAGUUGAUGAUUAUAUUUAAUGAAAUGAACAUGGUGAUCACAAAUAAUAAUAAUAAUAAUAUUACAUUUAUUAAUUUGUUUAGGUUAACAGUUAUUAAAAGAUUAAUAUUCAAUCAUGUUAGAGACAUAUCGAUAUAUAAACAAGGUGUUGGUGCAAGAAGACAUGGAGGACAUGAAACACAAUCACUAAAAGGAAGUGAUAUUGUAAUGUUACCAGAUUUUGGUAUGAUCUCUAGAUUUGCAAUGACAUGGGACUUUAUCAAACAUUAUCUACCCGACAAUGAUAAAGCAGUUGAUAUUAAUAUCAAGAUGACAAUGAAAACAAGAGGUAAUGCAAUCAGUCACUAUUGUAAACAUACAAGAUCAAACUUGGAAACUCUCAUACAUCUGAUUGAUGAUUGGUCACCUGAUUUUGAUCCAAACUCUUAUUGGGGUAUAGUAUCAUCGUUGGCAAGUAAUAAUCGUUAUGAUAUAUUGGAAUACCUUAUCAAGAAGUACCCAAACAUUGGAGUGUUUAAUGCAAUGGAAAGUGCAGUGGUCAGUGGCAGUCUACCAAUCGUUCAACUAUUACAAUCUUUCAAGAAACCUGCACUCAAUACUAUAGUCAAUGCAAUCAAUAUAGCUGCAGACUAUGGUCAUCUCAAUGUAAUCACUUAUUUGCACGAAAUGAAUAAUAAUUCAAAUAUUGGCAAAUCAAAUUAUUAUGAAACUAGUACUAUUGCAAGUUCAAAAGGUCAUUUACAUGUUUUAAAGUUUCUACAUGAAAAUGGGUAUCCAUUCUAUUACGAGGCAAUGGACAAGGCAGCUGCAAAUGGUUAUAUAGAAAUUGUAAAGUUUCUACAUGAAAAUAGAUCAGAAGGAUGUUCAAAACAAGCAAUGGAUAAAGCAAAUAGUUUAGAGAUGAUUCAAUAUCUUCAUACACAUCGUACAGAGGGAUGCUCAAAACAAGCUAUGGAUAAUGCUAGUGGAUGUGGUAAAUUGGAUGUCGUUAAAUGGUUACAUGAGAAUAGAAGUGAGGGUUGUAGUACUGGUGCAAUGGAUCAUGCAAAAACCUUUGAGAUUGUUCAAUAUCUUCAUACACAUCGUACCGAGGGAUGCACAAAAGAAGCCAUCGACACUGCUUCAUUGAUUGGUAGAUUGGAUACAGUAGAGUUUCUUCAUUUCCAUCGUACUGAAGGUGCAACUAAAAGAGCAAUGGAUUGUGCUGCCUACUCUGGCCAUUUAAAUAUUUUACAAGUACCCUAUCUAUCUAUCUACCCAUGUCAAAUUAAUUAA